CAGAUUUCAGUAUCAGUUUUAUCCUUACAACCGUACCCACGUGAGUUUUAUCCGGUAAAAUUUCAUCGUGAACUUUGUACUACCGGCAUUUAUCCCAAACAAAUGUCAUUUUUAAAUAAGUGUAUUGGCACAAUCUUUUAAAACUGUGAAACACUAGGGUUCAGUGAAACUUGUGAUUAAAAACAAAUUUUAGCAAAAUGUAAACUAUUCGUGGAUAGUGUACAAUAUCUAACUCUAGUUUAUUGAACUAAAUUUAAUAUUUCGGUUUGUGGUUUGCAGUGUCUUUCUAUAGUGUCAUCGAUACAAUGAUAAGAUUUUCUGUCAAUUACUCAAAUGUUUCUUGUGAAGUGCUCUCAGUACAAUGCUGGCAGUAGCUGUUUCUUGCUCACCUGUCAUCUUUGUAAUUGUCAUCACACUGUCAACGGUAGCUGUGAAUGGAUUACCAUUAGAAGAUGACUCAGAUCCUGAAAAGAUUGAAGCCCGUCGAACUCUGGUGCUUAGUCUAUCGGGCGCAGGAGUGAAGCAUGAACAUGACCAGCCAGCUGAUAGAAAGAGAAAUCUGCAGACGCCGCUGGCGUCAAGAGGCGGAGGUGAUCAUGAAGAGAAAGAGGAGAAGGAGAAAGAAGUAGUCGAAGAGGAGAAAGGAGAAGCGAAGAACAGGGAAGAGAGUAAGAGUAGAGUUUUAGGUAAUGAUCGAUACAAAUCGGUUGACAGAAGAUCGAGAUCUAAGAGUACUACAACAACUACAACAACAACGGAACGUGGUGUUGUUGAGGAAGAAGAAGAAGAAGAAGAAGUGAAGGGAAAAGUAGAUGAGGUAAAGGAGGAUGAAAAAGUUGUAGCUGAUAAAAGUUGUCAAAACAGUGAGAAUUGCACCAAAGUUGACAGAGCUAGAAAAGUUACUCCAUCUCCAGCUGCUAUCAUGUCCAGACGACAGAGAAUCUCAAACUACCAUUCUUCCACAACUACAGACUCUUCAAUCUCAACUCCCACCCCAUCAGAUCAGGAUGUCAAUUCCAGCACUGCUGUGAAAAAGAGGAGACGUCUCACCACUGUAUCCACUACCCCCACCCCUCCCACUACGUCAGCGCCUUUUCCCACCUUCAAUCAGUACCCUGCAAUCGAAGAGGUGCCUCAGUAUGACAUCACACAGUUCCUCAAUUUCGGUAAGAAAAUAUCACCGGAAACAGUGCCUACUCCAAGUGGGAUCAAUUCAAUUGAAAGUAAUAAGUCAAUCAGGCAGCGUACAGGUGAUAGGCAUGUUAGUACAGCCGAGAAAUUGUCGUAUUUAACACCGGAAGAGGAUAUUGUCAAUGAGAAUAUGGAUGUGACAGUCAUGAAGAAAGCGAUAGAGCGUAAUACAGCUCCUAGAGGGAGGAUCCCUGUCAGAGAUCCAGUGAUUUCAUCUUCCUACUACAGGAGGCGACCCACUACAUCAUCAACAACCUCAGCAUCAGUGCAAACCACUGAUGAAAACCUAAUAAGUACCACUGAAUGUGCAGCUGUUGAUAGUUCUAAUACUCCCACUAAGGUUUACAGGAGGAGGUCACCUAAUUUCCACAGUGCCACCAUCAAGACUUGUGGGGAAGUGAGUGGGAAAAAAGUGGAGAAUGAGAAGGAGAAUAGGACUGAAGAUGUUGUGGAAAAGAAGGAAGUAGUGAGUGUAAGUAAUAGAACAGAGGAGGAUGUUGAUAAAGUCAAGGCGAAACCAGAGGUGAAGAUAACUGAUGUAGAGUUGGUGAAUAGGAGGAGGAUUUUGAAAACUUCUGCAAAUUCUAACAGGAAUAAGUUUGAAAGGUUGCAGAUUCCAAGGUCAUCAUCACCUGUAGCACUUGUUGCUUCACCUUCAAUGCCUCCUGUAGUAUCAACAUCAUCACCAUCUCCAUUCACUACUGUACUGUCUGCAGUCACUGAAUCAAAACCUCAAGAAAGUUCUACAACUUCAUCACCUGCUACUCAUCCAUCUGUAACUGACAGAGUCAUGAAAUUCAGAAGGCCAUCAACUUUACCACCUUCAACAACUACACCUAAACCAAGUGAAACGCCUAAAAACGUAUCAGCUGAUUCCCAUCCAGAACAUUCUGUUGACCCCCUGCAACAGGAGGAAUCCAAUCCCUACCCAAGGAAUGCCAAGCCAUCUGAAGCUGAGCCGCCACAGCAGCAAUCUGUGCCACAAUCGCCAAUCAGUCCUCAACCCACAACCAGAAUCCUAUCAACAGCUGUUGUUACAUCUGUAUCUGUGAAGGAGUCUGAACAGAACAACACAAGGUCAACCAAUAAGACCGUGAAUGUGCCUCAACAAUCAGAGCCCAUCGCUUUGAUUAAUGAGAAUCAAAAUAGAAGUAGUUUUGUAGAUUUAAGUAGGUCUAGGAUUAAUGCUAAUGUUAGGACUAAUAAUCAAACCGGGGCAGAUUUGAAUGCAAUUAGAAGUAGGAAUGCUGUUUUGAGGAGUAAUAGUAGUUCCAAUGUUCAGACAACAUCAACAACUGAAUUCCCUCAAAAUCACAAGAAAGUGGAAGAAGUUGAGGAGAAGCAAGAUACUGUUGUCAAAGAGGUUGUUGAUCAAAAUGUAAAUAGAUAUCCAAGUGUAAACAUCACAAGAACUCCUGACUCCCCAUCUACAACCACAGCUUCACCCACAACAUCACCUUCAACAACAACAACAACAUCAGAGCCAUUACCAACAACAUUUCGAGUAGGAAUAUUUCCUAGUUCCCCAGUGACUACUGUUGAACAUUCAACUGUUGCGUCUCAUGGAGACAGUGAUAUGCAUAAUAGAAGUAUUAUUAGUUUAAGUAGCAUUAACAACAAUAACACUAGUAAUAAUAGGGUUGCUAGUGAAAGUAGUUUUGCUGAUACCAAAGAUUCAAAAUUUAAUGCUCCUCCAGUGGAGGUGGCUCCUGAGAGAGGUAGUGAGGUAGCAACUGAAGAGGAAGUGGAGACUUCUGUUGUGAAUAAUGGUAAAAUAGAGGAUAGUUACAAUCCAAAUUUGCCCGGAAAUAUGGAAGAUGGUCCUGGUAGUCAUCCUAAUGAUGUUGGUAUUCAUUCUGAGGUUUCGAAUAGUGCUCCCAGUGGAUAUGACGAUCAAACAAACGAUCAAACCUUCAUGAUUCCAAAGCUGCAUGAAGAUCAUGUCACCAAAGAACCUCCCCCAAACAAUAUUUAUGAGACAGGGGGAGAAGCAGACAAUGAACCAAUCCCAGAUGGAGGACCCAAUCCCAACUAUAAUGAUUACGAUGAGGAUCAUGUGAGCAAUGUUCCGAACAAUACUCGGCCUCCGAUUCUCAAUCAUAAUCAUAACAUCAAAUGGACAAGUUCAACAGCUGGAGGGCAGUUUGGGAGUACGAAGCCGGCACCUUCUCACAACGAGACACCUCUUGUGGAUGUGAGCAGCUACCCGGAGAACCUGAGCAUUACCACCUACCUGGUGUCAGCCCUGGUGGUCAUUCCCAUUCUGCUUCUAUCCAUCCUGGCUGCCAGGAUUAUCAUACUACGGAGUAGACGGAAAAAGGUGCUUGAUGAUUCGGAAUACUCAUCUGAAUAUAACCGGAGUCCUUUAAGUACAACCACUCCAUCUCUACACACCAAAUUGCCGAGAUUGGCCACCCACCCAAGCUGGGAAAUCGAGAAGAAUCGAGAACUGCCGCCAAUCCCCACAAAUCCUGUGACAAGGUGGGAGUUUCCCCGGGAGAAAUUGAGGCUUCAAACCGUGCUAGGACAGGGAAAUUUCGGUCAGGUUUGGAAGGCAGAAGCAGACGACAUAAACGGGCAUGAGGGCCUGACGCGACUGGUGGCCGUGAAGACGGUGAAGGAAGGAGCCUCCCUGCAGAUGCGCGAAGACCUGCUCAGGGAAUUGGGCAUCAUGCAGGAGCUGGGUGCUCAUCCCAAUGUCGUCACGCUACUGGGAUGCUGCACUGAAAAAGAGCCUUACCUGUUGAUAAUGGAGUAUGUGAUGUACGGAAAGCUGCUGGCCUUCCUGCGGGAUCACAGGACAAGAGCUCAUUACUACAACUUCUCAGACGCCACAGAUGCUCUCACGUCGAGGGACCUCACUGUCUUCGCUUACUGUGUCGCCAGGGGCAUGGACUAUUUGACUAGUAAAUCGAUAAUUCACAGAGACUUGGCAGCUAGAAACGUACUAGUGGAUCAUAACAAAUUAUGCAAGAUUGCAGAUUUUGGAAUGUCUCGGAAUGUAAGGGAUACUGGCCAGAUAUACGAGCAGAGGCAGUGCAAGGGAGCGUUACCAAUCAGAUGGAUGGCACCAGAGUCACUGCAUUUCAGUCUCUACACGCACAAGACUGAUGUUUGGAGCUUCGGCAUCCUCAUGUGGGAGAUAGUCACUCUUGGGUCGACGCCGUACGCGUCGAUGGGCGCACGCGAGGUGAUGCGUCGCGUGCGCGGCGGCUACCGCUUGGACCGCCCGACGCACUGCCACCAGACGCUGUUCCGCGUGAUCGGCCGCUGCUGGCACUCUGAGCCGGCCAAGCGACCGACCUUCGCCGAACUCAAGCAGCAGCUGGGCGACCUGUUGGCCGACGAGGAGCACAACGGCAACUAUGUCGACCUCGAGAGUCUGGCCGACGAGAUGCGCCAGACUAGUCAGUCGAGCAACAGCAGUGCUAGCACACUGCAGAGGCCGUGAACUAGGUUAGGUUAGGUCGGGUUUGUUUGAAAGAUCGUCAUGGAAGUCUAGAGUUGUGGUUGAAAUUGACAUUGUUAUUGAAAGAAAUAAGUACCAUACAUUUUACAAUUUACUACAGUCAGUCAAUCAAUAGUAGUGCUAGCACGCUGCUAAGGCCGUGAACUAGGAUAGGUUAGGUCGGGUUUGUUUGAAAAAUUGUCACAAAAGUCUAAAGUUGGAGAUGAAGUUGUUAAAAAAUCGUCAUGGAAGUCUAGAGAUGUAGUUGGAAUUGACAUAUUAUUGAAAGGAGUACAUUUAAAUCUAAAAUUUACUACAGAAUCAGUUGAAUAAAAGUAGUGCUAGCAUGCUGCACAGGCCGAGAAAAGCUUAGGUUAGAUUCAAAAGUUUAUCAUCAUGGAAGUCUAGAGUUGAAGUUGAAAUUCGCAAAGCAUACACCAUAUUGAAAGUUUGAAAGAAGUUGUUAUUGAAAGAAUAUAAAAAUUUAGUAGAGAGUUAGUCAAGUAACAUUAGCGCGUUCUUGCAGUGGAGGAAAGUGUGUUGGGUUUCUUGGAAAGAUGAAAGUUUAACAUCAUGGAAGUCUAGAGUUGGAGUUGAAUUUUGACAAAAUUAUUAAAUUGAGUCCAUUUUAAAAUUUAGUACAUUCAGUCAAAUUAGUACAAUAGUGCACGUCAGGUGCUAGUUAUUUUGCAAGAGCUGUGAGGAGGUUAUGGGUUCAAGAUGAUAGUUAAUCAUCGUGGAAAUAUUGAGUUGGAGUUGGAAUUGACGAAGGUAUUAAAAGAAGUAUCCUACAUUUUUAAAUGUAUAGUACAGUACAGAAUCAGACUGCUAAAAGUAUAGUGUUAGCACGAUGCAGAGGCCGUGAGGAGGUUAGGUUAAGUUGGGAUUAAUUGAAAUAUGGAAGGCUAUUAUCAUGUAAGUUCAGAUUUGGAGUUGAGAUUGACGUGGUAAUUGAAAUAAGUAUAUUUAGGGCCGGUUUCCGAGCUCAGGAUUUAGGCAAGUUCUUGACUUCAAACAGCUGGAGUCAGAAAAUUGACUUUCCAAAACGGGGCGUAGUCGCAAAUAGUUGUUGCACAAUAAAUCUUUAUUUUCUCAUUUCUAUCAUAGAAAACGUUUUUCCUUGAUAAAAUGAAACAUUCCUAAAUCAUUCAAAAUAGCUGAAACUUGACACUAUUUUCUCUUUAUUUUAUUUGUGUUCAAUUUUCUAGUUUUUCGAAAUUUAAUUUAAAUGUGACUUUCACUAUGAUUACGACUACGCCCCGUUUCGAAAGCCAAUUUUCUGACUCCAGCAGUUCCCGAGCUCGGAAACAGGCGUUUAGAUGUAAUAAAGAGUGUUUGUUAAACUGGGGGUUCAGAGUUGACUUUGAAAAAAAAAUGACAAAUGUGAUGACUCCCUACAUUGAAAUAAAGUACAGAGUCCUGUGACAGAAGUGUGCUAAAGUAAGUUCAUUCAUCUAAACCAAGAGAAGAGCUGACAGAGUUGAAUUUGAAAAAAAAAUGAUAUUGGAAGUAUGUAGUACAGUAUCAAUAUUAAUAGUAGUGCUAGCAUAUUUAAGAAGUCAAGGAAACUAGGUAUGUUUGAAAUUUGAUGAUAUCCAAUCUUGCUUGAUUAUUGUUAAUUCGAAGUUAUCAGCUCACUAGCCAAGAUAGUGCCGGGAUAAAAAAUAUCAACACUCCUUUCAUAAUAUAUUUUCAUGCUAUUUUUCUGUAAACCUAAAGGUUCUCCAGUAGUUUGAUUGUAUGGUAAGAGAUAAAAUUACAACCUCUUGUUCUUUCAAUACUCCUGUAGUAUUGCCCUUGUGUGAAAUCAAAAGCCAGAAAUUGGUGGGUCGCCCACAUUUAUUUCAUAUUUGAAACACCCUCAGUAAUAUGAAACGCUUGCAACUUCUAGAAUUUCAAACUACUUCUGCUUUGGGUAGACUAGUUAGUGCUACGCCAGGUUCUUGUGAAUAUUGUAUAAAAAGGCUUUGUGGAAAGGAUUAUUUAUAUAAAGCUCACAUCAUUGUAAAUUUAUAUUGUUUUCAGGUGAUAAUAAUCAUUUAAUAUCAAGUGACGAAGAGAAAAGCAAAUGUUAUAUUUAUGUUUUCUUGUCUCGAUGGUACGAGACGCCCAUUUUGUUUGAUGUAUAAAGUAUUGUACUGUAUUUGUAAAAUAUUAUUUUUUAACUUUGUUUUAUUUCCAAAAGACUUGUAAGUAUUAAUUUUAGUUUGUAAGUAAACAAAGCCAAUCUAUUAAUAAAUAUACAUUUUUGUUAUUCAAA